AUGGAUUUAUCAGAUGAAGAUCUAUCACCUUUGAUAAAUCAAACAAGCACAUCAACAUCUGUUCAUAAACGUGAACCUACUGCUGAAGAGAGAAAGCUUACAAAACUCUUGGUUGAACGUGUUCUUCCACCAUUUUCCAAGUCAUUAAAACUUCAAGCCUUAGUUGCUUAUCAAGCUGAUCAUGAAAAGAUGAAAUGUUUACUUGUUAAUCAAACAUAUGAAAAAUCAAAUAAUCAAUCAUUUGAAAAUGAUAGUCCUAACCAUGAUUUAUCCGAUUCAGGAAUUAUGGAUACAUCUACAGCUCCAAAUUCACCAAUUAAAACAGACCAGGAGAUUUUUAAAGAUGAUAACACUUCAAUUCCACGACGUAAACGGAAACUUAGUCGACCAUGUAAAAUACCUCAGAAUACUCCAAUCAUUUCUGAACCCAUCGAAUCUUCCCCUAGUACACUUAAUAAUAGUGACAAUAACAACAGCAACAACCACAGCACAUCAACGAAUACACUUCCUGUUCCACUUCAAAAACAAAUUACUGAAGCCAUAACACCAAUCAAAAGUGGGACAACAAAUGGUUUGUUUUUGCCGGUAUCCGCUGUUACGCUACUUCCUCAUGUUAGUGUUUUCUCAUUACCUGUUACUGUCUUAUCGACUGUACCACGUCCUAUAUUACCUCGAAUAUGUUCUGAUAAACAACCUCCUACACGUCCUGUUAAUAAUUACAACUUACAAACACUAGUUUCAUCCCCAUUAAAAAAUACUACUAUAACUACUACUACUACUACCACUAACAAUACUAUCUCAUCUAAUUCACUUCCAAAAUCUUCCACCAAAGAAUCGUCUAACUCUUCAGAAGAAUCAAAUUCCCUUAGUCGACGAUAUGCUAAAUCAUUUGUAUGCAAUCAAUGUCGAAAACCGUUUAAUUCAUUAAGUUUACUAUGUGAUCAUACUUUUUCAGUUCAUAAAGCUUUUAAAUGUACUAUAUGCGGAGCACAAUUUACUCAACGCUCAAAUCUUCAACGUCAUUCCCUACGUCAUGUUGGAUUUAAACCGUUUGUUUGUAAGAUCUGUGAUAAAUCUUAUUAUCGUAAAGAUCAUCUUGUUCGUCAUAUUGAAUUAACACAUCCCGGUUGUGAUCCACGUACAAAUCUUACUGUCAAAUUAAGUUCAGCUGAAUGUCUGGAUUAUUUAGAUCAAAUCCAAAAACAUGAUGAUAAAGGUAGUGCCGAACAAGUACAAAUAUUAUGCCAUAACUCCAUGGAGAAUACUCACAACAAUGGUAAUAGUGGUAAUAAUAAUAAUAAUAAUAAUGAUAUAUCGAAAAUUACAAACGACAUCGAUGAAAAUGAUAUAAAACUUAAGAUUUGUCUUCUUGAGUCAACAACUCCUGAGAAACAAGAACCACAGACUCAGACAUAUUCCCCGACUCAUCCACCAUGUACUAGUGUCAAUUCUUAG